UUUAGAUAUGUCAAGUACAUUCCAUAUUUAGUACAAGCAUUUCUGAAAUGUCGUCCCCAGCAACACCAAUGCAGCUGCAUAACAUUUCAUCCCCUAUUUCACCUAAUGCUUCCAUGCGGCGUAAAUCAAAAAGAAGAAGCAUAAUUGGUGAAAAAGCAGGGAGUAUUCCAUGCUCUAUUAUUGAAAACCAAGAACAAAGUCGACAUAGAAGACAUUCUCGUGGAGGAAGUCGUAAUUUGAAAAUUUCCAAAACUGCCACGGUCGAAGGCACUGCAGAACGUAGAUGGACAAAAGAUGAACUAUGUCAACAUUAUGCUCAGUGCAUGAAACUCCACCAAGAAAAUAAAAUCAAUCACAAAAAUGCCUUUGAUCUAAAACUGAUUGAACACAUGGGUGAAAUGAUACUGAAAGAUGGAUCCCUUAAUUUCCGUGUGGCUGGAGGUACAAUUAUUGCUGGUGCAAAGAUAUAUGCAUCUAGAGUGGAUGCAAUACAUUCUGAUAUAUACAGAGUACUGUCAAGUCUUGGUAGUGGUGAAAAAGAUGAUGCAGAACCUGAUGAUGGAGAAACUGACAGUCAAGAACCAAAGUCUAAGAAAAGGAAGAAAAAUUCAAAAAUUCUGGAAACAAAUGAAGCCAAUCUCCGUCUAAACAUGAUCAACACAUGUGUAGCAGUGGAUGGAAUUGAUAGGAAACACAACACAGCCAUAGAUGCUGCUAGUUGCGACAGCUUGAAAUUCAACAACAUGCCAAUUUCCGAUGACGGGACAACUCUAUUGUUUGAUUAUGAUUUUAGCUCAGCAUCAGAUGCAGACAUGCCCACUGAAGAAAAUACAAGUGAAGUAUUCUGGGAAUUGCACAAAAGUUUACCACAACAAACACUUAUGAAUAAUGUCCCACUUUGUGAAACGUUUAAAAAUACAAGUAAUAUAAAUGCAAUGUUUAACUUGGACCAAGAAAUCAAAAAAACUGCAGAAAAAGCUUCAGAAAGUCUGAGCGAAAAUGAAGAAAUUCAAGAUGACUUCAGUUGUGCAGCUGCUGAUGACGCAGAUGACAAUAUAUUUGCCGAAAGCAAUAAUGACAACAACAAUGAAGCCAUGGAAGACACAGUGUUUGAAACCUUACCCCUCCCAUCUGCCACCACUCCCAUGGAUACUACACUUACACCUGCCCAACUGAAUGCGGUUUCACCAGGAGAUUAUUCCUACUUUAAACAAAGCAACGUCUUGUCCGUUUUUGAAGGCAACCAACAUUGGAAUCGACAUAAAAGCAAAAGAACAUCAGCGCGUGCUUCGUCAUCGAAAGAUGACGAUGCAGAUGACACAGUGGUGAAGAAAAAGGUGAAGAAAGCUGCGAGAAAAAUAUUUUCCGAAGAUCUUGAAAAACCAACAGUCUCUAAAAAACUUCAGCCACAAAAAUGUUCCAAGCAGAAACUUGAUGCUUUGAAAGCAAAUAAAGAAUUUCAGGUUCUGCAGUGUAAAGAAUCCAAAAGUGACAUUCUUUUGGGAUGCUUAGUGCUAAGGAUUGUCCUGGAAAAAUUAACAAUGAAAAAAAUCAACUUUUCUGGUCUCACUGUUUCGAAUAGCGAUAAGCAAGUAGUUUGUAAUAUCCGCUGUGCAAGCGAUGAACCGUGUCAGCAAAUAGUGGAAAGCAGUUUCGAAGACAAUGACGAUUUCCUAGGAAAUGAAGAUCAAACACAGAUUGGGUUCCCGAACUACACAGCCAGUGAUUCUGUCUUUCCUGAUUUCACCCAAAAUAAUUCUCACCAUCAAGCUGGGCAAGCUCCUGAUGCAAAUAAUGGAGAUUACACAGCUUUGUUGGAAGGAGACCAUCUUAUAUCACAGCCCAGAAAGGUUGAAAAAAUUCCAAUAGGAUUUGCGAAAAGAGCGAAACGUAUUGAUGUUAAGCGGUUGAAAGGAGCAAUGUGGUCCCUGUUACACAAACCAACUACAGAACGCCUUCCUGCACCAGAACACCAGGAUGAGACCAUUACAAAUGAAACAGAUGACUCUCAACCUGCUGAUAAUGAGCUACAGACUUCUGUUGAACCUGACAUUUCUCCGAAAAAUGACGAUUUUAUGUUUUCCGACCUUUACAAGAAACUGCCUUCCAAUAUGUCCGAAAGUUUAUCCGAAAAUUUAUCCGUUCCUCUUGCAUUCACCUGUCUGCUUCACCUGGCGAAUGAAAAGCAGCUGAAAAUCUCCCAUCUUACUACACUUAGCGAUCUAAAAAUCUCUCAUGGCUUGUAAAAAAAUUGGUGUUUUUAACAUUUUCUUAAAUCAUUUUUACAAGAAGGAAAUAGUUCUUGUUUUUUCAAGGCCAACAUUUUAAUACUUUUAAUAAUCUCUAAUAUAUUGGGGCACUGGAAAAAUAUUGUUCUGUAUGGGAUUUGAGAAAUUUGAUAGAAUUUCUGACUUUGUAUAAAAAAACUGCCAUGCACUACAUGCACAACACACACUCUUGGUUAAAUUACUGUUUUUAGCUUUUCUCUAAUUUACAAUCAUUUCACUAAGCUUUUUUUUAAUAGCAAAUACAAUAUAUAUCUGGAGUUUUCAUUUUAAGUUAAUUUUUUUGCGUUAAAUUUUUUUGAAUUCGGUUUUUCAUACAUUGUGCACUGUUCCGAAAAGGGAAAACGUGUCUGACGUUUAAUUCAAUAAAAUCAUUCCCAUUGGUCCUACA